UCGAUGCGAAUUCUUGAUUUCUCACUCUCAAUUUCAUUAACAAAUUUAAUAUUUGUGAAAACAUGGAGUUAAAAAAUUUAUAAAGAAAGUGAAAUUACUAAAUAAUUUAGUGUUUAGUUAAAAACUGCAAAAUACGUACCUAUUGCGCAACUAGUUGCAAUAAUGACAUCAGACGAAAAAAUCGAAGAUUAUAAAACUUUUAUCACCACCAUGGAAUUAAAUUUGGGAUGGACUCCUCUUCAUUGCAUGGUUGAAAAAGAAAACAUUUCACUCGUACAAAGUUUAAUAAACCAAAAUGUGGACCUAAACGCCUUAGACAAAUACCGACGGACUCCUUUGUCAAUUGCCAGCGCAAAAAAUUAUAAUUUACUAGUACAACUUUUACUAUCAUCAGGAGCAAUAAAAGUCAAUUGUGGAUUUCCUCUGCACUACGCGUGUGAAAAAAACCACGUAAAAGUCGCGCAAAUUCUCAUUGAAAACGGAGCCGAUAUAAAUUUGGAGCGCGACAAUAAUUAUCCACUGUUGAUUGCAAUAAGCAGACGACACGUCGAAAUCUCAAAGUUUUUAUUAGAAAACGGAGCUGAUGUUGAUGUUGUUGAUAAAGACAAAGAAACGGCUCUUCAUUGGGCUUGUGAUCAGGGAAUUGAGACCUUAAUCCAACCCUUGAUUGAUCAAAAAUGUGAUAUUGAUGCUAAAGACAGGUUCGACAUGACCCCUUUAAAUAUUUGUUUAGUUCGUCAAGAAGAUCGACCAGAUUUGGUUAAAUUAUUGAUUAAAAACGGAGCUUUGCUUGGUUUAAGAGACAGCACGGGUUGUAGCUAUUUGCACUCUUGUUACAACUCUGAUUCUCUUCACGAAUUUUUAAAACACGGACUUGACCCUAAUUUACAAGAUGUCAACAACGAAACGGCUCUUUAUUCACACUCAAUGUUCAAAAAAAUAGUGUGUUAAAUUUUACUUGAAUUUGGAGCCGAUCCCAAUAUCGCACGAAAAGGAGGCUGGACUCCACUACAUGUAGCAUCAGCUGAAGGGUUUAAAGAUUACGUGAAAGAAUUGAUAAAAUACAAAGCUGAUGUUAAUGCUGCUAGUGGCCAAAAUAUAACUCCUUUACAUCUAGCUGCAAAAAAUGGACAUUUGGAAAUUGUGGAAGAAUUAGUCAAGUCGGGGGCUUUCAUUGAUAUCCCUAUUGUAGACUUAUGUGAUGUUAACUCCUCUUUGCCGUAUUUUGUAGACUCCGAAUGGGUGAUUGAGGGUCAAACACCAUUGAGUUUGGCUGCGAAAUUGGAAAAUUUUGAUGUUCGUGAUGUUAUGGUAGGUAAAGAGAGUUUGCCAUGUGAUUUAAUGGGGUGGUCCUCUUUGCACCAUUCCAUGUGGCUCGGAUUUGUCGAUUUGACCAAUUCUGAUGUCAAUAUUUGUGAUAAAUACGGCCGAUCUCCAUUGUCGUUAGCUGCAGCAAAGAAUAAUCCAAAAUUGGUCAAUAAAUUGCUCGAAGGAGGUGCUGAUGUUAAUUUAGGACUUCCUCUACAUUUCGCAGUCCGUACCGAAGCCCUAGAUUGUAUUUCUCAACUUCUGGAUUAUAAAUGUGAUGCUAACAAAAGGAGUAAACACGAAUUUGAAAAUACACCACUACUAGACGCGAUUUACGAAUCGAAAAUUAACUCUGCGAUGACCCUCCUUCGUCACGAAAUUGACCCAAAUUGUACUAAUAAAUGGGGUGAAACGCCUCUUGAACUUGCUUGCAGAAACAGCCAUUUUGAUUUAGUCAAAGAAUUGGUAAAUUGUGGGGCUUGUGUCAACUCUUCUAACUUCAGUAAAGAAACACCUCUAAAUGUGGCAGCUUUUUUCAAAAAUAUCGAGAUUUUGAAUUUACUCAUUGACAAUAAUGGUGAUGUUAAUACGAAAGAUCGGUUCGAUUCUACACCUCUACUUUGCGCAGUUGAGGGAAAUUUUGAAGCUGGAGUUGUAAAACUUUUAAAAUCCGGAGCUGUUGUUAAUGUUUGCAAUGACGAUUUUGAAACUCCUCUAUUUCUUGCUGUUGACAAUGAAAAUUUAACAGUGACCAAUAAUCUGAUUCAAUGCAAUAGUGAUGUCAAUUUUCAAACACCGGAAGGUUGGACUGCUCUUCAUAGAAGUGUCUACAGUGGAAGUUCAGACUGUGUAAAAGAAUUGCUACGAAAUGGAGCAAAAGUUAAUGUAGCAAAUAGUGAAAAUGUACUUCCGAUUUAUUUAGCUGCGAUUAAGGGGUGGGAAAGUGUGGUUGAAGAAUUGUUACAUUGGGGUAGUUUGGUGGAUCCUUCGAUACUCGAGUUUGGGGUUUUUAGAGACGAUACCGGGAAUUUGUCGAAAUUUGAAACAUAUCAUAUUGUGGCUGGGAAUACGCCUCUGCUUGGAGGUUGUGCUAAAGGUCACUUAGAUGUGGUCAAAUUAUUACUCUCACGUGGAGCUUCUUUAAAGAGUAUUAAUAGUUGGGGAAAUAAUGCAUUGCAUGAAGCGGUUUUGAGUCAGAGUGAAGAAAUUGUGGAGUUUUUAUUGGGAUUAAAUGCGGAUUUUAAUGUGGGUAAUAAAAGUGGCAAAACGCCUCUAGACUUGGCCAAAGCAAUAAAAAAUGAAACUAUUAUUAAUUUAAUUAACAAAUAUAAUUUUUGUUGAAAUAACUGUUUUUUUUGUCCAAAUUGAAUUAUAAUAUAGGUAAUUAUAUUAUUGAUCUUUUUUUUAUAAU